AUGACGCUCCUUUCCAGAGUGCUUAAUCACAACUCUGAGAAGUCCAGACCCCAGCUUUCCCCCAAAGCGCUGGCCUCUAGUCUCAAGAAACCCCGGGUCAAGCUUUCGAUCGCUUUGGAGUCUCCUCCGGUCAUACUCUAUGGCCAGCACCACGAAUCAACGGGAUCGAUUGUUUCCGGAGUUUUACAUCUUGACGUUUUACCUCGCUCAAAGUCCAAGGAUGAGAGUCCUCGAAGAACCCCAGAUUCCUUGACUCCCGUGUCAUCGGUAGGAAGCAUAGGCCCAGAUUCAGACGUGGAGCUUUCUUCAGUCACGCUCCUGCUCGUUCAGACAAUUCGCUACACAAAGCCAUUCCAAAUCCCGUCCGGGUCAGUAUCCUCGUGUAAAUCGUGCGCUAUCAAGCGGAAUACGCUAGCCAGAUGGGAUGUCGUGAUAGAGCCCGCCACAUUCGCUGUGGGCUCGCAUGCCUAUCCUUUUUCACAUUUACUUCCUGGCCUGCUUGCUGCUUCCACAAAACUCGGCGGUAGCCAAUCCCUGUCAUACAUAAAGUACGACAUCAUAGCUGUGGCUGUUGCAGGCCUGAAGGAGGUGAAGGCUUCGCUACCACUCAGCGUACUGAGAUCAAUUAUUCGAGGUCAUGACCGUAACUCCCUCAGAGUGUUUCCUCCAACAGAUGUCACCGCUAGCGCAGUUUUGCCCAAUGUCAUUUACCCCAAGUCUACAUUCCCUAUAGAGCUACGAUUGAACAAUGUGGUGAGCUCCAAACAGGACCGUCGCUGGCGAAUGAGGAAGCUCACCUGGGAAUUGGAAGAAUGUACCAAAAUAAGAGCAUCAGUUUGCCCAAAACACACCUCCAAACUCAACCUUACAAAAGAGCUGCAGAAACGUGCACAGCUUAGCAGGCUCAAAGCCGGGAACCAGGACAAUAAGACCACCGGGCUUCAUCAUCUGACAGUACAAACUUCCAUGCGUCUCGACGUUCCAUCCAGUCGAGUAAUGACAGCUGCCGAUGCUGCCGCAAUAGCUGAGGCCGCUGCCCCUGGUAACCAGGAUAUCGAUGAGCAGCCAGAAAUUGAUGAUGGCGUUCCCAACAGACCAAUUGAUGAAGCGGUUAAUUUUGAUCUGGAUUUCUCCCAAUUCCGUCCAUCCAGCGAAGUUAGUCGCGAGCAAACUCCAUCCACAGCAUCAGACAAUAACCAACCAGAUACAUUUGCACGAUCAGACAGAAUAUUCCCAUUGCCCAGCCAUCCAUUCACUAAUACAAACAGAACAACAGUCAAUGAUCUUCGCCCACUGACCACCAACAGAUCACGUUCUGACUUUUCACAACCGCAGGAGGAGCUCUCACUCGAGGAGCUUCGGGUAGUCUCGCAUGGCGAGAUCAAGUCCGGCUGGAAAUCGGACUUCCUGGGAGAGGGUCGUAUAGAGUUAGUGGCAGAAAUUUCUGCCAUGGAUUGCUCCACUGGCCUACAGCGCCACGUGGUUCAAGCAUCUUCAUCAGACCCUAAGCAAGACGAAAAUCAAGAAGGGCUCCGUAAUGGUGCCAACAUAUCUUGUGACAUCGACGAUCCAGAGCUUGGAGUGUUUGUCAAUCAUGUCUUGGUGGUUGAAGUGGUUGUGGCGGAGGAGCUCAUCCACAUUGCCAGACAGAAAGCUCAAGGCGAUAGUCUCAUGCCGAUAGACUCAUCCACCUCGAUCAACUCCACUACCAAUAUCAGAGAAACUCACGUGGGAGUGCCUACUGGUGCCGCAAGAGUUUUGAGAAUGCAGUUUAAGAUGAAUGUUACAGAGAGAUCAGGCCUAGGGAUUGCAUGGGAUGAUGAAGUGCCUCCAAUGUAUGAAGAUGUGAGAGCGUUGAGCCCACCGACGUAUCUGAAGCUGGCCUCUGAUACGCCCCUUCUGAGCUACUCUAAUACACCCGUUAUGGGCAGGCAGACUCCUGCUAUUUUGGACGGCGUUGGCGAUACCCCCAAUGUUGGAGGUUUUGGAAACUCCCAGAUCAUGAACACAGAAUUGAGCGAUUUAGAUGAACGCGUGCAAGAUCUGAUGAUGCAGCCUCAAGCUGGCAGAGGACAGCCGCUGUUUCAUUUUGAAGAAGAUGGCGAUAAUCUCAGAGGACCUCCGAAUAAGCCGUUUGCCAUCAACACCUCUAGACUUAAUGUGCUGCUGCUAUCGAGAACAACAUCCAACCUGACGGACUUUUCCAACAUCAACAGUGUUCUUCAGUUUCCCAUAGAGAACUCCCAUUCAUAUUCAUACGCCCACUUGUCGCCCAACUCAUUAGCGCUCCGACUUAAUGUUUUGAAAAGAUCGCUAGAGAUUUUAAAUGAGAGACCCGACUGGUUUCGCUCCAUAAACUACGACUCCCUGAACAACAGUGAUGAUGAUUUGCCUGGUGACAGUAUGCCCUCAUGGAACCUUCAACCAGGUGAUAAUGGCCACCGUCGUGUAUCGGCUCGUCUGAUGAUGUACCAUGAUGCUUCCCGUAACGCCAGUGGUGAAAGCAUCAACUUGAGUUCAGAUCGAUGCAAGAUCCGCCCCAACGCAUCUUCUGCAGCCCUUUCUAUGCUCUUUAGACCUCAGAUGGUGAGGGCGGACAGCUUACCAGCGUCUAGAUUCCCCUCCCUGGGACUGACACGCAAGGAUCUCAAAGUUUCUACAACCAACUUAUCAUCGUGGAAACAAGAGGAGGCCAAACUUCUUCGAGACAUUUCCUCACCGGGUGACACCAUGCUUAGCGAUGAUUUACAGGAUAUAAUUCAGAUUCUUGAAAACGACUCGUCAGAGCUUGACAACAACACCGAAAUUGCAUCCACUCUCCACGAUUUGUCGCUAUCUUCAGGAGAACAUGACCACCGGGCGAAGAAGAAUAUUUUGAAGUCUAAGCUUCUAUUGGCUUUGGCUACUCCAUUUGUUGAGUCAACCUCACUGACAUCAUCACUUCUUGACUCGGCAAUUCCACAAUCGGCUGCAGCUAACCCUCCCGUUAGUGCCUCCACUGCAUCACUCACCCUCCUCAAUUCACUCAAUCUGCCACUCACACCCUCGACUGGAAACAGACCUUUUCACGUAUUAUCCCUGGGAAAACAUUCCUCCCCGCAGUCAGUAUUCACCGUCGAGGAUGUCAAUCCGUGGAACUUAAAAGCUGCUAAUGACUUGGCAUGUUUGAUGUUUGGUGUUUCAAAAAACAUGAUCAAAAACCUUACGUUGAUGGAUCUUAUUGCUCCGCAAUUUAGACAUUUUGUGACAGAACGUUUGACAAAGUCGAUGUCUGAUUCAUUGGACAGGAAUGGAGCCAAGAGCCAGAUCAUCUUCGCUGGUGAGAUUAUUGCCAUCUCAAGACAGGCUGAUCACACAUUCGCAUGGACUUCUAUGUGGGCAAAGAAAAGAGGAAACUUUAUUAUUUGCAUGUUUGAGCAAAUCCCCUGUGACGCGUUCGAUAUAGUGGUGCAGUGUGAUGUUGAGAAGUACCCUCAGGAUAAGUAUUCCGUGGCAUCUGUUCAGGAGAUUGCUGGAAAAUUGUUAACGUCUGAAUGGAAGGACUCCCUGAAGACUCUUGAGCAAGUUUCAAACUCCUUGGACCACGAAUUAAACUCGCUGGCUUCAAGUCAUUCGAAAGAAACCACUGCAUGUGACUUCCGUGAUAGUGAGACAAUUAACAAGAUUCGGUAUUUCACCCUUCAAGUUCGUGAUGAUAACAUUCCUUGUGCUGUUACCUCCUACCCACUCGAACUCAAUGACGACAAGUAUGAGAUAAAGCUCAAGUUCCACUCAAUGCCAUACAUCGCAGGUAUGUUUGUGGUGAACUUUUCAGAUUACGAAAUUCUUUCAAGCAAUAAUGCUAUUGCGAAUAAUCUCUUCGGAAAGUCAUCGGAGGAAAUCCUUCAUCAUAGCAUCGAUGAGAUCAUUCCAGAUUUCACCAAAAUUUUAGAGACUGGUUUGAAGGAUCAGAAUGAUAUAUCAAUAAUGCCGGGAUUGGUUUUGCCGGAGCACUUUUUCAGAAAGUAUGAUGCGGUCCUCAAGCACCGCGAUUCUCAGGAGAUUUCAAUGGAAGAGUUGUUUUUCAAGUCCAAAGGAAUAUCUGGUGUUCACAGAGACGGCAAACCUCUCUCUAUUGAUGUCCAGCUUCGCGUCAUUCUGUCAGAUGUCUUUGUUCUCUGGGUGACUUACUCAAGGCACUCUAAGAACAUCGCAAGUGAGCUUGACAAACUAACAAGAAGCGCAUCCUCAAGGUCCUUGACGAGCAGCCCCAGACAAAGAAGCAAUUCUGAUGUCCUGGGCAAUGACUUGCCUUCCCAACUCCGUCUUUUCCCAGAAAAUGAGGAUGACCUUAUGGAAUUAGGUCAUACGAGUCCCCAUAUUAGCCGUGCAAACAGUACUAGGAGACCAAAGAAAGCAAACACAUUCUCAAUUCCGGUGACGUAUAUGGGGAAUGAUGCAGAUUCGAAUACCUUGAAGGUUCCAGGCCAGUUUGCUUCCCGAUCAUCUUCAACUCGCGCCAGUCAAGACUCUGGUACUAGCGUGGAAUCCGCCGAAAGUGGGGAUACAGAGUCAGAGCCAACUACUCACACUAAUUACUUAAACGAGACCCGCUAUACUCGAUUUACAGAGGAAGAGCUUUUAAAUUUGGAGAAUGAGGAUUUGAAGCAAAAGAUGAAGAGGUCAAAAGAAUGGCCUACCUCUGUGGGUGCAAAAAGGCGUACCAAGAAGUUCGAGGAAUUCAAGGUUCUCAAGAAAUUGGGAGAAGGUGCGUAUGGAAAAGUCGUUCUUGCAGAACACAAGGAAGACCCUGCUUACAGGAUAAUUAUAAAGUGCAUUGACAAGCAAAGAAUCUUGGUCGACACUUGGGUCAGAGAUCGACAACUAGGGACAAUUCCUUCAGAAAUUCAGGUGAUGGCUACACUUAACCAUGAGCCUCAUCCCAACAUCAUGAGAAUAAUCGACUAUUUUGAGGAUCCAAACUACUACUAUUUGGAAACGCCAAUUUUCGGUGAUCCUCCAGCUAUCGAUUUGUUUGACUACAUCGAGGUCAAGAAAGAUAUGAGUGAGAUAGAGUGCCAAUACAUCUUCACGCAAAUUGUGAAUGCUAUUUACCAUUUGCACAAAAACGGCAUCGUUCACAGAGAUAUCAAGGAUGAAAACGUCAUUGUGGACGAACGGGGCAUCAUCAAGUUGAUCGAUUUUGGAAGCGCUGGGUAUGUAAAGCUGGGUCCAUUCGAUGUUUUUGUCGGGACAAUUGACUAUGCAUCUCCCGAGGUGUUGAGAGGAGAGAAAUAUGAAGGCAAGCCUCAAGACAUUUGGGCUUUAGGCAUAUUGCUUUACACCAUGAUAUACAAGGAGAAUCCGUUUUAUAACGUGGACGAGAUUAUGGAGGGUGACUUGAGAGUGCCCUAUGUGGUGAGCGAGAAGUCUCUUGCGCUCAUAGAGAAGAUCUUGGUCAGAGAUAUCAAUAAGAGACCUACUAUCACAGAUAUCAUCGAAGAUGAGUGGCUAGACAUUUGA